AUGGCCUCAAGUGAGAAGAAACCAUUACCCAGCCCCGGUGAAUGGGAAACCCACAAAGAUGAUAUCUGCAAACUUUAUCCCCUCAUGAAAUUGGAAGAUUUAAUGAAGUUUAUGGAGAGUAAGGGUUUAUACGCAACCCAAGCCAUUUACAAGAAGAAGUUUCGGGACUGGGGCUUGAGGAAAUAUGUCUCGGCGGCGCAAGCCCUCGAAGCUGACGAGAAGAAGAGACGCCUCGAAGAGGAAGGCCACGCCGCGGACGAGAUAGUCAUUUCCUCGGGGAUCGCCGUUCCCAGUUCAAAGAUACAGAGACAUGUCAAGCGCCACAAGACCGCCGCCUCUCUUGCUACUGGUAUGACGGCGACGGGCACUCUUGCCCCUUCAUUGGGGAUGAACAGGGCUCUGCAGGAUGUCAAUAAUUACGGCGUUAUGCCUGGAAUCGCAGCUCGAACGCUAGAGUCUACUGCAGCUUUCCAAAACCUGGGGUUUGGAGGGAGCCACACGAGCCAGGGUUCGGCGUAUCCCACGAUGACGGUCGUAGGCACCCAAACACCCCAGGUUUUUCAGCAGCGAUCAAUGCUACGAUUUGACCAGUUAACCCCGGAAAAUACGGUCAUGCACCCAUCAUUGGAAGCUGUCAUGCCUGUGAGAACCGAACCGGAGCUGCUAAUGACGGAGCCCUCAGACGACUCGUGGUUGGAUUUGUUCCUUCUACAGCCGGACCCGAUUAAUUCUGUUGUCAACGCCCCAUCGCCUGGCACGGGCGUUAGGCCUCACCGGCAAUCAAGUGGAUCGCGUCAUACCGCACCAGGCCGCCAGCCAAUCCAUCAGGCCGCUCAGAAUGGCCACUUGUCAAUUGUCAAAGCUUUGCUUCGAGCCAGACCAAACUGCUGUGAUUUGAAAGGGCAAUUUGGGGAAACCCCUCUGUUUCUGGCUAGCCAGGAGGGCCAUAUAGACGUCGCUCGCGUCCUGCUCGAUGCGGAGGCGGAUCCCAGCAUUCAGGUUCCCAAGAAUGGCCGAGGGCCCAUUCACCAGGCCUCCCAGGGAGGUCAUUUGACUGUCGUACAGCUUCUUCUCGAACGCGGUGCAGACCCCGAUAGCCACAAUGGCCAGCAAGUGAGUCCUCUUUGGCUGGCCGCGCAAGGUGGUCACGAAGCUAUAGCCAAACUCCUCCUGUCUAAAGGAGCUGAUCCCAACUUUCAAGCUGUGGAUGUCAAUAGAGGGCCUCUUCACCAAGCCGCUCAGGGGGGACAUCUGGAGGUCGUGGACCUCCUACUAAAGCACAAAGCAAAAGUAGAUGUCAUGGAGGAAGAUAAAGCCACGCCUUUCUGGCUGGCAUGCCAGGAGGGCCAUUUGAAAGUUGCCCAGCUUUUGAUCGAUGCUGGGGCCAACGUGAAUGCGAGAACUUCCAACUGGGGCCGCCACCCGAUCCACCAGGCCGCUCAGAAUGGACAUACUGACAUUGUGCAGCUCCUAGUUGACAACAAUGCCCUGAUUGAUGCUGGAGAAGACGACAACGUGACGGCUCUCUGGCUCGCAUGCCAGCAGGGGCAUAGGGACAUCGCAGAGAUUUUGCUCAGGAACAACGCAAAUCCGAACAAUAUGGCCACCGAAUCCCGUCGGUCCCCCCUGCACCAAGCUGCCCAGAAUGGGCAUGCGGACGUAAUGAGAUUGCUCAUCGAGCACGGAGGCAAGGUAAACAAUGUCGAGAUCAGUGGCUGGCCGCCCUUGAUGCUCGCCUGCCAACAGGGCCACCUGGGCGUUGUGGAGCUUCUGAUUGAACGCCAGGCGGAUAUUCACAUCGAGGAAAAGGACGGCGCGACUGCUUUAUGGCUAGCUUCUCAGCAAGGCCAUGUAGAAAUUGUGAGGCUGCUUUUGAUCAAAGGAGCCAAACAGACCGCAACCCGAAGCACAGGUCGCCGUCCAAUCCACCAAGCAGCCCAGAAUGGGCACUUGGAGGUGGUGAAGCUGCUCAAGCAGUUUGGCGGAGGGAUCGAUGCGCCUUGCAAGGGGGACGAAGUGACGAAACAAAUCACUCCGCUGUGGCUUGCCUCCCAGGGCGGACACGAGGAUGUUGUCCUGUAUCUUCUCGAACAUGGGGCGGAGGCAGUCAUUCGAACUUGA